CUGUGGGAUUGGAGGAGAGUGGAUGGGGUCAGGACCCAUGUUGUAGGUGGAACGUGGAGGAUUCACUGAUGAUGGGCUGGAUGUUGGGGGUUGACGUCAUCACCAGGGUUCUGGCCUGAGGGAUGGGGUGUGGUAGGCAGAAAAAUGGCCCCCCAAAAUGUCUAUGUCCUCAUCCCUGGAACCUGUAGAAUGUCGUGUUCCAUGGGGAAGGGGAAUUAAGGUUGCAGAUGGAAUUAGGGUUGCUAAUCAGCAGACCUUGAGAUGGGGAGAUUGUCCUGGAUUAUCUGGUGGACCCAGUGGAAUGCCAUGAGCUCUUAAAAGUGGUCAGAGAGAUUCGAUAGGAGUUGGACUCUAUUUGAUCUGUGAUUGCCGACUUGGAAGAUGGAGAAAGGGGCCACAAGCCAGGGAAUUCGGUGGCCUCUAGAAGCUAGGAAUGGCCUUCUUCUUACAGUCAGCAGAGUUCUUGAUCCUACAACCACAGGAAACUGAAUUCUGCCAACAACAUGAAUGAGCAGGAAACGGAUUCUCCCCAGAGCCUGCAGAACAGCCGCAGAAAAACCGUUUGCGGGAAAAGAAGAGGAUCAGGGAAGUGUGCCGGAGGGAUGUCAGACAGGGAGGAGUGGCAGGUAACCCUCAGCACCUGCCCCUGUGGAAUCCUGCAGCUGCACGAGGACAGGCGACCUUGCAUCCAGCAUGUGUAUGGCGCCCAGCACCCCCCGUUUGAUCCACUGUUACAUGGCACCUUGCUCAAGGCCACGCCCAAGGUGCCGACCACACCAGUGAAGGCCAAGAGAGUGAGCACCUUCCAAGAGUUUGAGAGCAACACCAGCGAUGCUUGGGAUGCUGGCGAAGACGACGAUGAGCUCCUGGCCAUGGCGGCCGAGAGCCUGAACACUGAGGUGGUCAUGGAGACAGCCAACCGGGUCCUGCGCAACCACAGCCAGCGGCAGGAGCGACACAAGCUGCAGGAGGCCCCGGGGCCCGAGCAGAAGCCAAAGCCUUUGGCAGAGCCUCCUUUGGUCCCAAGCGGUGACCUCCGGCUGGUGAAGUCUGUCAGUGAGAGCCACACGUCCUGCCCUGCAGAAAGUGCCAGCGACUCUGUCCCUCUCCAGAGAUCCCAGUCUCUCCCACACUCAGCGACAGUUGCAUUGGGUGGGACGUCCGACUCCAGUACCCUCGGUAGCUCUGUGCUAAGUGAGAGAGAGGCCUUCCGGCUGGACAAAUUCAAGCAGCUCCUUGCUGGCCCCAACACAGACCUCGAGGAAUUGCGGAAGUUGAGCUGGUCCGGGAUCCCUAAGCCAGUUCGUCCAAUUACGUGGAAGCUGCUCUCAGGUUACCUCCCUGCCAAUGUGGACCGAAGACCAGCCACUCUCCAAAGAAAACAGAAGGAAUAUUUUGCGUUUAUUGAGCACUAUUACGAUUCUAGGAAUGAUGAAGCUCACCAAGACACAUAUAGACAGAUCCACAUAGACAUCCCUCGAAUGAGCCCGGAAGCAUUAAUACUUCAACCCAAAGUGACAGAGAUUUUUGAAAGGAUAUUGUUCAUAUGGGCGAUACGUCACCCUGCCAGUGGAUAUGUGCAGGGGAUAAAUGACCUCGUCACUCCUUUCUUUGUGGUCUUCAUUUGCGAAUACAUAGAGCAAGAGGAUGUGGACGCCGCCGACGUCUCCCGCGUGCCCGCAGACGUGCUGCGCAACGUCGAGGCCGACACGUACUGGUGCAUGAGCAAGCUGCUCGACGGUAUUCAGGACAACUACACCUUUGCCCAACCUGGGAUUCAGAUGAAAGUGAAAAUGUUGGAAGAGCUGGUGAGCCGGAUUGACGAGCAAGUCCACCGGCACCUGGAGCAGCACGAGGUGAGGUACCUGCAGUUCGCCUUCCGCUGGAUGAACAACCUGCUGAUGAGGGAGGUGCCCCUCCGCUGCACCGUUCGCCUGUGGGACACCUACCAGUCUGAACCUGAGGGCUUCUCGCGCUUCCACUUGUACGUUUGCGCUGCUUUUCUCGUGAGAUGGAGGAAAGAAAUACUAGAAGAAAGAGAUUUUCAAGAGCUGCUGCUCUUCCUCCAGAACCUGCCCACAGCCCAGUGGGGCGAUGAAGACAUCAGCCUGCUGCUGGCCGAGGCCUACCGCCUGAAGUUUGCCUUUGCAGACGCCCCCAAUCACUACAAGAAAUGAGCUCGGGGCCCACUACAGCAGGCCUGCCCCCGCUGGCUGGCUGCAGGCCCGCCAGAGAGGCCUCGCCGGAGCAGCCCUGCCCUCUGGGGAGGUGCCAGGACUGGGUGCCGGACACUGCCCGAGGCCUGACUGGGGCGGGGCUGCCUCUGUUUUCCAAGAUACCAAAGAGAGCCAGGGGAGGGUCUCGGCCAUGCUGGGGGCCAGCGAGGGGUCAGGCGCCUUCCUCCCCCAGCCCCUGGAGCGUCCUUGCCAAAUGACCACCUCCUGGGGCCUCCAGCCUGCGGCAGCCUGAGAGGCAGACCCUCUGGGAGAGGCCUGCUGCCUGGGUGCCAGGGACGAGGGAGGUGGCAGCCAUCUCGUCCCUCCUUUGAAAUGCAGAGUCUAUUCUGUUGAGUGAAAGAGAAUAAAAUAUAGACAAAGUCAGUGAAUGUUGCACUAACCCACGGCCUCCCUGGGCUCUCUCGGGGCCUGUCCCAGCCAGCCAUAUUCCUGUAAGUGUUCGUCACUUUAGUGUUGGUGUGUACUUGCUCUCCUGGUCUAAACCCGGCUAGAAAGCGAUGGCAGAGCCCGACGUGUGAGCCACCGAGGGCCUGGGGAGCCUCUGGCUGCGGCAGGCUGGGAGCAGAGAGGGCUCAAAAUUGCCUCACUUGCUGUCUCCAUUCUCUUAAAAGAGACUCCUGCCCCACCUGGUCCGUGUCAGGCACCUGGCUGUGGGCGGCAGCUGCUCUGCUGGGUGCUGAGGAGCACACAGGAGCCUGCAGCCCUGGGGACAAGCCACGCAGCUCAGGCUGAGGACACUGCUCCCUCCAGGGGGCCCCCAGACAGGCAGGGUUUAGUCACUCUGAUGGAGCCGUGAACAUACACGGUGGGGCGGGAGUGGACAAGCUUCUGGGAGACGCCCCCAGGCCUCCCCCUGGCCUCACCCCUUUUCCGGGUCUCCAGUGCAGCAGAGACUUGACUGCUUGCUGCUGUUUACCGGUCACUGGGGUGGUGAGCCCAAGUGGGGGGGGUCCCUGACUGGCCCUGCCUGGGGCUUCCCACGCCCUCCCUGCCCAUGCAGAGAAGCACCUGUCAGACGAGUGGCCAGCGGUGACAUGGACACCCCUGUGGGGCUGUGAGCUGCUCUGGGCCGCAGCCACAGCCUCUGACCCCUGAGCCCAGGAAGGCUCCUGUCCUCAGCGCCUGCUUCUGCUCUCAGACUCUCAUCUGUUUACAGGCAUCUCUUCCUGCCAUGUGCCCGACCUCCUGGAGCAGCCACACCACCGCCCGUCUUUGCACAGCUCAGGCGCUAGGACACUGCCGUUGUAGGACAAAGCAGAGGAUAGGAAUAUAUAUAUAUACACACACACACACACACACACACGCGUGCGCGUAUGUGUGAUAUGUGUGUUCCUUUUUUUAUUAAAAAGAUUCUUGGGUCAUUACAUGUGCGUUGAAAUCAGUACAAAAUAUGUGCAAAUGUCAGAUGUUCCUAAAUCAGCAGAGGGACCUGCUUGCCUUAGUCCAGAUGGAGAGGGCACCCCGCACUGGUCCCUGCCCACACCCAGGAUCAGGGGUUCCUCCGACCAGCACGCAGCAGCCUCCAGGCUACCAAUCUUUUACUAGCGGGGGCAUCCAGGUCCAGAAUUGCUGCGUGGCUGUGAGCAGGGAGCCUCCGCCUGCUUAGCCAAGACCCCGCCUGGGACCUGCCCGUCAGAGCUCAGAUCGCUCUGCGUAGCCAAUACGUUGGGGACACAAAAGGUCUGCCCCUUGGGGCAGUUUAUUUUGCAAAUAGGAAUGAUCUACACAGUUAAGUGAGGUUCCGCGCAUAUUUUCACGUGUAUGUAAAUCUGGAACUAAAUGUGAGGGAUGUUGACGGGGUCCUUGGAGCAGGUCCAUCUGAAGUGGUUAAAGGGCCCUCUGUCUGGAAUACAGUGUGCUGAAACAAGGAAUAAAGACGCAGUGAAAGCCCGA